AUGCCGCUGCAGGAUGAAACCCUCCGAGAGGUGUGGGCCUCAGACAGCGGGCACGAGGAAGAAGACCUGAGCCCAGAGGUCCAGCGGCGCCCCAAGCAGCGACCCGCCCCGGGACAGAGGCUGAGGAAGAAGAAGCCGGAGGCUCCUGAGUCCCCCGGGCCCACGGGGUCCAAGCCCCGGAGAGCUGGAGCCGGGCGGAGGGGGCGGCCGCGGGAGGAGCCUGCCCCCGCCCCGGCCAAGGCUCCGGAGCCCACCGUCUACACCAAGUUCCUCAGGGACCCCGAGGCGAAGAAGCGCGACCCCCGGGAAACCUUCCUGGUAGCCCGAGCCCCAGACGCCGAGGACGAGGAGGAGGAGGAGGAAGAUACAGAUGAUGAGGAAGAGGAAGAAGAAGAAAAGAAAGAGAAAACCCCUCUGCCUCCUAAGAAGCCCCUCAAAGAGAAGUCUUCUGCAGACGUGAAAGAGAGAAAGGCUAAGGCCCAGAGUGCAAAAGGGAACCUGGGAAGCCCUGACCCCUCAUCCAAACCUCUUCGAGUUAAGAAGAAAGAAGCCCCAGUAGGGGAGGGGACGAAGAUGAGGAAGACAAAGAAGAAAGAGUCUGGGGAGGCUGACAAGGACCCCUCAGUGAGCCCGGGCAGAUUGAAGAAGAAGAUCCCUGCAGCCAUGUUUUUGGUUGGGGAUGACAGCCCUGCCGAAAAAGCUUUGAAGAAAAAAGGCACUCCCAAAGGCCCUGAAGAGGAGAGGAAGGCGGAAGAGGAGGAAGAGGAUGUAGCAGCUGUGGCGACCAAGAACAGCAAUCAGAAGGGCAAAGCAAAAGGAAAAGGCAAAAAGAAGGCGAAGGAGGAAAGGGCUCCAUCUCCCCCUGUGGAGGUGGACGAACCCCAGGAGUUUGUGCUCCGGCCUGCUCCCCAGGGCCGGACGGUUCGUUGCCGGCUGACUCGGGACAAGAAGGGCAUGGACCGGGGCAUGUACCCCUCCUACUUCCUGCACCUGGACACGGAGAAGAAGGUGUUCCUCUUGGCUGGCAGGAAACGGAAACGGAGCAAGACAGCCAAUUACCUCAUCUCCAGUGACCCUACCAACCUGUCCCGGGGAGGGGAGAAUUUCAUUGGGAAGCUGAGGUCCAACCUCCUGGGGAACCGCUUUACUGUCUUUGACAAUGGGCAGAACCCCCAGCGUGGAGGCGGCUCUGAUGUGGAGAGCCUUCGACAGGAGCUGGCAGCAGUGAUCUAUGAAACAAAUGUGCUGGGCUUCCGUGGUCCCCGGCGCAUGACAGUCAUCAUUCCGGGCAUGAAUUCGGACAAUGAGAGGGUCCCCAUCCGGCCCCGAAACGCCAGCGACGGGCUACUGGUGCGCUGGCAGAACAAGACACUGGAGAGUCUCAUUGAACUGCACAACAAGCCCCCUGUAUGGAAUGAAGACAGUGGCUCCUAUACCCUCAACUUCCAAGGCCGGGUCACCCAGGCCUCAGUAAAGAACUUCCAGAUUGUCCACGCUGAUGACUCCGACUAUAUCGUGCUGCAGUUUGGCCGCGUGGCCGAGGACGUCUUCACCCUCGACUACCGGUACCCGCUGUGCGCCCUGCAGGCUUUCGCCAUUGCUCUCUCCAGUUUUGACGGGAAGCUGGCCUGCGAGUGA